AUGCUAAGGGAUCUGAGCUAUAACAAGAUCGGUCGUAUCCUGGUCACUCACUUCGAAGACUGCCCUCUAACCUCCCAACUUAAUCUCCAAAGCAACGAGAUAGCCUACAUUGAAGAUGGAACGUUCGCGAACGUGACAUACAUCGGUAAUCUCAAUCUUCAGAACAACGAGAUCAACGAUAUACCGAUGGGUGGGACCUUUGUAAACAAGACGUUGGGCAGCGUGUCGUUUGGCAGUAUGCAGCUGACAUCACUCACAACGCAUGUGUUCUAUGGCUUGCAUGUGUCAGGUUACUUGUACUUGAAUAACAAUCAGAUCAGUUUCAUUGCCGAUGAAGCAUUCUACGAUGUCACUGUCUCCUACGAUCUGCAUCUUGAAAAUAACGGGCUUGAUACUUUAGAAGGAAAGAUGUUUGGAGGAACAAGCUCGGCAGAUGAGAUACAUCUGAAUGAUAACCUGAUUGCAUCUCUUCCUACAAAUGUCUUUGAAGACGUCUCUGCAAAUAGGAUCAACCUUCAGAACAACCAGAUUCUUGAGAUCGCAUCCACAUUACUGAGUCCCUUAACCAAUCUCAGAGAAUUGAACAUGAAUAACAACAAUAUUUCAUCAGUUGAUGAUGGAGCCUUUGAUGGGCUGGAUAACCUUGUCUCAAUGUGA